AUGGUCCAUAUCCUCGUAACAGGCGGCACGGGAUUCCUCGCCAACACCCUGAUAAGCACCCUUCUCUCGCGCGGCCACUCAGUCGUAACAACCGUCCGCACCGCCGAAAAAGCACGCUCGCUCCUCGCCCAAUACCCCGACAUCGCCUCGCAUCGACUAAAGUGCAAGAUUGUCCCCGACAUUGCGGCCGCAGAUGCAUUCGACGAUGCCGUCCGCAGCGAAAGCCCGUCCGACCCACCCUUUUCGGCCGUCAUCCACACGGCAAGUCCCUUCCACUAUAGCAUCGCCAACGCGAAGAAGGACAUGUUCGACCCAGCCGUCAACGGGACCGUCGGGAUUAUGAAAUCCGUACAUCAACACGCACCGAAUGUAACCCGUGUCGUUAUCACCUCGUCAUUCGCCGCAAUGUUCAAUGCCGCGAAGCCGGCAGGGACCAAGUAUUCAGAGCAAGACUGGAACCCCGUUACGUGGGACGAGGCUGAGAAUCCGCAGAACGCGCAUGGGCAGGCCGGGUAUCGGACGAGCAAGGCGCUUGCGGAGAAGGAGGCGUGGGAGUUUAUGGAGCGCGAGAAGCCGAAUUUCACGCUGACUGUAUUGAAUCCGUCGUUGAUUUUCGGGCCCGUCGAGUGGUUGAAUUCCCUCGACGAGGUCAAUACGUCGAACCAGCGGAUCAGGGACUUUAUGACUGGGGCGCUGAAGGACAAGUGUCCGCCGACCGGGAGUCAGUUCUGGGUUGAUGUGCGUGAUGCGGCUCUGGCGCAUGCGGUUGCGGUCGAGAAGCCUGAGACGGCUGGGAAGCGGUAUUUCUUGACUGCGGGGAGCUUUUGCAAUGCAGAUAUUGUGGAGGCGUUGAGAGAUGGGCAGUAUCCGGCUGGUGGGCCCAAGUAUGGGUUUGAUAAUUCGGCCUCGAUCAAAGAUCUGGGAAUUCAAUAUCGGUCGUUGCGGGAUAGUGUGGUUGAUACAGUGGAAAGCUUGAAAAGCAUACAGGAAAGAACUGCUGCAUGA